AGCUGAUAGCCGCUGGCCCGAGAAUGCAACGAGUGCCCUUGGCGAGAUGCAACAGGUAUUUAAAGGGCUUGCGUGCAGACAGGUCUCAGGUCGCCAGGAUGAUCGGAAAGCUCUCACUCCUCCUCGUCUGCGUCGCCGUCGCCAGCGGAAACCCCGCCGCGGGGAAGCCAUGGCACUGGAAAUCCCCGAGGCCCCUCGUGGAUCCUCGCAUCCACGUCAACGCCACACCCCGCAUCGUGGGUGGCGUUGAGGCCACUCCCCACUCGUGGCCCCAUCAGGCGGCUCUCUUCAUCGACGACAUGUAUUUCUGCGGCGGUUCCCUCAUCUCCAACGAGUGGGUCCUCACGGCCGCUCACUGCAUGGACGGCGCCGGCUUCGUCGAGGUAGUGCUGGGCGCCCACAACAUUCGCGAGAACGAAGCCAGCCAGGUCUCCAUUGUCUCCACCGACUUCUUCACUCACGAGAACUGGAACUCUUGGCUCCUCACCAACGACAUUGCCCUCAUCAAGCUGCCCAGUCCCGUUUCAACUAACUCAAACAUCAAGACCGUCAGACUGCCUUCCAGCGACGUGUCUGUGGGAACCACCGUCACCCCCACGGGCUGGGGCCGCCCUUCUGACUCUGCCAGCGGUAUCUCCGACGUCCUCCGUCAAGUGAACGUCCCCGUCAUGACUAACGACGAGUGCAACUCCGUGUACGGCAUCGUCGGCGACGGCGUCGUCUGCAUUGACGGCACUGGCGGCAAGAGCACAUGCAACGGUGACUCUGGCGGCCCCCUCAACCUCAACGGCAUGACCUACGGCAUCACCUCCUUCGGCUCCUCCGCCGGCUGUGAGAAGGGCUACCCCGCCGCCUUCACCCGCGUCCACUACUACCUGGACUGGAUCGAACAGAAGACCGGCGUCAAGCCCUGAGCGGCCUCACCUUCGGCAGGCUCCUCCGGGACUGCUAACACGCGCGGCAGUCCUUGGGUGUCCUGCAGACAAUGACAUCUUUCCACUCUUGGAAAUAAAUGAAAGAAUCGGUA